UCAGCAGUUUAGAAAGUGCCACUUUAACAGUACAAUGCCAUCCCCUACCACACCCAUGAUAAGAGAACAAAAAUCAAUCAUUCGUAUUGAAAGGAAAACUUCUUUCAGAGGAUGGAGACUACUUUACCAGUAAUAUUCGGAGUAAUAUAUUUCUUGGAAGGACUGUUGGCCCUUCUGGGUAAUAUUUUCACCAUCUUUGUUUUCUGGAAGCAUCGAGCGGAGUUGAAACGAACUUCAUAUCUUCUGGUGAAUUUGGCUUUUGCAGAUGUGUUAGUGGCAAUCAGUAUAUUAAUCGCUUUGGGCUGCGAAGUGCGAAACCUGGCUGAAGGCAAUUAUUAUAUGGUAAAGCAAUGGCAAUUUAUCUUUUUCAUGAUUUGGGACACGCUCUGUGAAACAACCUCACUGCUGAGUUUAUUAGUGAUAUCAUUCGAGCGACUCUACGCAGUUCGCUGGCCUUUCCGUCAUCGCACUUUGAGCACCAGAACCUAUAUCUACACUCUCUUCUUUGUGUGGGUUAUUGCUGUACUUAUCCUUGCGUUUAUUUGUCUUUCGUUGGCCUUUGUUGAACAUAGUAGAGUGAUUUAUACUGUUGCUCCCUUUCUUUCCUCGUUGGUCUUGAUUCUCAUCUGUGUAGGAUAUUUCCUUAUUUACCUACAAACAAAACAGAAUAUUCCUGACGGAUUCCACCAGAGUCGCAUACAGCAAAACAAGAAAUUGAGCAAGACUCUCUGCAUUGUCACGUUUUCCUCCCUCGCCUGUUGGUUUCCUUCUAUCGUCAUAGCUCUAGCUAUCGAUUACACAAAGUACUACACUGCGAAUUCAUUGAACCUAACUCACUCGUCACAUAAUCUUAUUCGUUUCUUCAAAGUCAUGCAAUACGGGAACUCCCUUGUCAAUCCCAUAGUUUAUAGCUUUCGAAUGCCCUUGUUCAAGUCAGAAAUCAAGGAGUGCUUGAUUAAAAUCUUUGGGGCAAGGGAAGCAGUCAUCGGUGCAGAUCAACAAAUAGGUGUACGCUCUAAGCCAAGCAAACAGAAAGUUAUUGAUUUAGACGAUACGAAACUAUAAUGCCUUUAUGCAAGCAUUUUAUCUCGUUUAGAAAACAGUGAAGUUACUGGGUUCUCAGAAUGAACCCGUUGAUAGAAAAAAGUGCCAGUGAUAUCAAUUUAUAUGAAACAUCGCAUCCGUGUUUUAUUCUGUUCUGUUUAACAACGAAAAGCCAGUCCAAGAGACGUGCAAAAAGAGAGACUAUAACAGCUGAGUAGUUAGAACAUCAGUACCAUCCUGUAGAUAGACUGAGGAGGACGUGUGUGACAAACACUCCUGUGAAACUAAUGUAUUCGAA